AUGGUUAUAGCUAUAGGAUUUGAAGGAAGUGCUAACAAACUGGGGGUAGGAAUAAUAAAAGAUGGUAAAGUUUUGGCUAACCCUAGAAAAACUUUUAUCACACCACCAGGAGAAGGGUUUUUACCCAAAGAAACAGCUCAACACCACAGAAGUCAUAUACUGUCUGUAUUAAAACAAGCUCUUGACGAGAGUGAUGUUAAACCUGAAAAUAUUGAUGUUGUUUGUUACACUAAAGGACCUGGAAUGGGUGCACCUCUUCAAGUCUGUGCCAUAGUUGCUAGAACAGUAGCAAAACUUUGGAAUAAACCCAUUAUAGGAGUUAAUCAUUGUAUAGGACAUAUUGAAAUGGGACGACUUGUAACAGGAGGUAAAAAUCCUACAAUCCUAUAUGUCAGUGGUGGUAAUACCCAAGUGAUUGGCUACUCCAAAAAAAGGUAUAGAAUAUUUGGGGAAACUAUAGAUAUAGCAGUCGGAAAUUGUCUGGAUAGAGUGGCAAGACUUCUAAUGUUAUCAAAUGAUCCAAGUCCUGGGUACAAUAUUGAACAAAUGGCAUUAAAAGGAAAAAAAUUUAUUCAGUUACCAUAUGUUGUAAAAGGAAUGGAUGUUUCAUUUUCUGGAAUAUUAUCAUAUAUUGAGGACAAAGUUUUAAAUUUGCUCAACAGUACUGAUGAACGAGAAAAAAUUACAAAAGAGGAUAUUUGUUAUUCUGUGCAAGAAACUUUAUUUUCUAUGCUUAUAGAGACUACAGAAAGAGCUAUGGCUCAUUGUGGGAGUUCAGAAGUAUUAUUGGUAGGAGGAGUAGGAUGUAAUCAAAAAUUGCAAGAAAUGAUGGGAAUUAUGUGUAAAGAAAGAAAUGCAACUCUAUAUGCAACAGAUGACAGGUUUUGUAUUGAUAAUGGUGCAAUGAUUGCACAAGCAGGAGUAGAAAUGUUUUUGAGUGGACAAAAAACACCAUGGGAGGACACAACUAUUACUCAAAGAUAUAGAACUGAUGAAGUUGAAAUAACAUGGAGAGAUGACUAA